AUGAUCCUGCUAGAGGAGCACAAUGUGAUCAUCAAGGACAUCCUCACCGAGCGUUUUCAGCGGCCUGCAACGACUGAUCAGGCAUUCGUCGACUUUGACGGGGUCCGCUUCCAUCUCUCGACGCCAAACAAGAAGACACAGCUGCUGCUCAGUAUGGACUGGCGAUGCUACAAUGAGCUUACGCGGUAUGGCGCGAGCGAGCUCAUCCAGCGAGAGUAUGGCCCCUACAUCACAGAGACAGAGCCAGACUACUCCGUCUCGCUCGCUAUCGAUCUCGAGCAACUGCCGGCAGACCUCGACGAACGCGCUCAGCUGAUACGGUCAAUGUCUUUGCUCAAGCGCAACACACUCGCAGCGCCCUUCGAACGCGCCUUUGCGCUGCAGAAGCAGCUCGACCAGAAUCCCGAAGGACAAAAGGAACUCAUGGCGAUUCAUUACAGACCAGACGAGGCAAUCUACAUUUGCCCUGGCCAGGAUCGCGUCACCGUCGUCUUCAGCACCGUCUUCAAAGAGGAGACCGAUCGGAUCUUUGGCAAAGUCUUCUUACAGGAGUUCGUCGAUGCGCGGAGGCAGCCUGCGAUCCAAGGGGCACCGCAGGUACUCUACAGCAAUCGCGAACCGCCGCUCGAGAUCCGCGGCGUGCCCGGCCUCAGCACGACAGAGGACGUCGGCUACGUCACCUUUGUCUUAUUCCCACGGCAUUUCAGAGAUGCGGACAGCACCUGGAAGACGAUCUCUCAAAUACAAAUGUUCAGAGACUACUUGCACUAUCACAUCAAAUGCUCAAAGGUGAUUCGCAGCUCUGACAGCUCAACAGACGCUAAGGCGCGAACUGGCCAGGCAUACAUGCACUCUCGUAUGCGUGCGAGAGUGGCCGAAUUUCUCAAGGUGCUCAACCGCGCCAAGCCAGAAGUCGCAGAGAAGGAGAAGAAGACUGCAUCGUAUGUCUCAUGUCAUGCAAUCGUAACGUGA